UGUCGGGCCCGAUCCCAGCCGUAUCUCAGCGCUUUAGAAGGACGGCUCAGUUUGCGGCAAUGGGACUGGGAAAUUCAGCAUACGCUCAAGUGUCGCGGCUUGGAGCAUCUUCUUCGAAGCGAUCUACCUCGUCCCGACAAAACCCACGCCAAAUUUGCGCUCUGGCGCCAUUGGUCAAUCACUGUCCGAAGAUGGAUGAAUCGCCAGCUCUCUCGCAAAAUGAGAGCAAAGUUGGGGGCCUCUCGCUUUGCUAAAAAUAACGCGGAUGAUGCCUACAAUGUUAUACGAGAUCUUGCCUCGCACUACGACCACGCCCUAUGCGAGGCCACGUGGUUCAGGCUCAUUGAUAUGCGGCGGUAUCAUUACACUACUGUGGCGCAAUACGUUUCCAGUUUUCAGCGAGCAUAUAUCGACGCGAAGGAGUUUAAUUGCGGUAUUAGUCCCUACACCGCGCUGAUUGCGAUCCUUGGUGAACUCAAGUCAGAUCUUCCUUAUUGGGUCGCCGCGGUGUUAUGUUUGUUGCCUGAAGAUGCGGUGACCGAUUAUACUGACGCUGAUUUCUUCAAAAGCUGUCGCAUGGCAAUAGAGCAAGAUGAGUGGUGGAAUCAAAAAGAUUCUAAAGUCGCGAGAGGCGGGUGAUGUUUUCCACUUGUGCCAUUUGAGAGAAUAAUUACCCAAGAUGAAAGAAAGAG